CAUAAAAUAUAUAAGCUCGAAUUAAUAAAAUAUCCCCGAAAUGUUCGUAAAUGCCGUUCGCUGCAGUAUCGAGAAGCGCUAUCGAGAGUCGGUCUCGAAAAUCGUAUUUGUAAAUAUUACUGGAAGGGGGGGGGAGAGAGUGCACGCUACAAAUAUUUUUACAUAUUUUCUUCCUUUUGCUUCAAUUUUUUAAUGUUAAUUCCGAGACUCGCUCUCGAAUAGACGGAGACAUCUUUGCGGACAGCCGCAGAUGUUAAUCGCGACGUGCCCCGUGAGAACCGCGCGGAGUUAACCUCACAUUCGAACUUUGCGAUCCGAAAUGCAAGAAUCUCCCACCGGCGAAUUAUGAUGGAUUUCCUGAAACAGCCGGCGUUUAUAGUAGGAGAUAUCGACGAGGACAUCAAUCUGUCGGUGCCAGCUUCUUCCGGGGAGGAGUAUAUUAAACGAGUGGUAAUAGAAGCUAGACAGUGUGCGGACGUAGUGGUGGCCGAUUUGGAUCCGUCGUGUAUGAAGGAGCCCACGAAGGCUUACGUUGAGACCUUAGCAGGGUGUGUUCAAGCGCCGGCAAGCCUCAAACCAACCGUGGAAUGGCAGCAAUAUCAGGUUUCAGACUUCUCCAAGUUAAGACUGUACAUAAGCCAACUGAAGGACGAGAUACUGAUAGGCAAGCGCAAGUGGAGACCACCUGACAUUCAUUUGCCAGACAUAGACGAUCAAAAUGCUUGGGUCGGCUUCUGUUUAGGUAGCGAGGAGAAGAUCAAACCUACAUUGAAUACCCUGUUCUGUUUUAAUCAAUCAAACGUGGAGCAAGUACUUGAAUAUUUGGUGCAAUUCGUGGAGACUGAAAGGAAAAUCGAAUACAUAAUAGGCCAGUGGAUCUACGCGUUACUCGCGAUCUUGGAGCAACCAUUGCAGCCCGACACUUGUUCCUGCCUGCGUUCAUUAGCACGAGCGUGUUCCGUCAUUCGCGCCGAUUCUAGAGAAUUGGACGCGCAGGAACUAGGGGCGCUGAAUUUAUUCAUCUGUCUAGUAGCGAGAUACUUUCGUCAAUUGGACUUGGCAGAUCCUUGACAACUUCCCAUCGUGCAUAUGAUAUAAUUAUUAUGACGCGGUAUGACAUAUACCUGUAUACAUACGAUUUUUUUUUUUUUUUAAUAAACUCCACACAAGAUUA